AUGGCUGCUGCCUCCAUCCAGGGUCAGGAGGUCAUAACCUGUGACCUUUGUGUCAAACCUGUCCAGCAAUUCUGUAACAGCUGCCAAGUCGGUCUGUGUGAGGACUGCAUCAACAAACAUGUCAAGAGCCUCAAGUCCAUGAAGCAUGACAUUGUUCCUUUCACAAAGCGUACAGUACAGCUUGUGUUCCCUCAGUGUACAUCUCAUUCUCACCAGAGAUGUGAGGCCCACUGUCAACAGUGUGAUGCCCCCGUCUGCCUUAAGUGUCUCACAGGGCCUAACCACAGAGGUCACGAAUUUGAUGACAUGGCAGAUAUCAUUGUCAAGAAGAAAGAGGAAAUUAAGAGAGAAAAUGAAGAGAUUGAGUUCAUUAUUUCCAAGAACACAGCACAAGAUGUGGAUGUGGAAAACAAUCUUUCAGUUUCCAUGGUUCACUUUGCAGAUAUUGAAAAACAUGCAACUGAUCAAAGAAAACAGUGGCACCUAGAGGUGGACAACAUCUUUGGUAACCUUGAAACACUAAUCCAGUCACUUAGAGAUCAUCAUAUUACAACUCUAAAAUCAUGCCAGUCCCAACUCAGAAGUCAGAAUUCCAGUAUGAUCCAAACUGUUCAAGAAAACAAAGAAAUUCUGAAGUCUAACAAAGUGUCUGAUGUCAACAACUACCUAUCUAAACUGAAGGAAUACAGGAACAUUCCACCAAUACCUGAUCUACCAUUGCCCUCUCUUCAAACAAACACAGUCCAAGGGAGAGAACUCAGCAUAGAAUUAGGAGAAUACAAGGCUACACUGACACAGACAUCACUAUUCAGUCUGACAGAUGAUGUCUCCUUUUUAUCUGUUAAAGAAUUAUUAGAAGAAGCCAAAGUGAUUGCAAACAUCCCAACAAAUAUAACAAACUUAUUUAAAGUGGUUUGUAUUGGAUCUGAUAGAGCCUGCUGGAUUAAUGGUGAAGACAAUGUGAUGACAUGUGUAAAUGUGAAUGGUUCUAUUCUAGACACUGUCACCACUACAUGUAAAAGUUACCCUUUUGAGAUAGCAGUGACCAAUCAGGGAGAACUGUUAUACAGUGAUGUCAAAAGCAAAACUGUGAACAUCGUCAGAGAUGGGAAGACAGAGACACUGAUCACCAUACCAAGGGGAUGGUAUCUAGGGGGGCUGUGCUGUACCAGGUCAGGGGACAUUCUAGUCAGUAUAUAUACUGCUGAUUAUAAACAGUGCAAAAUAGUCCGUUACCAGGGGCAAGGGGUGACACAGGAAAUAGAGAAAGAUGACCACGGUGAUCCAAUCUAUCAAGGAGGGGAAUACACAGUGUAUGUGGUGGAGAACAACAAUGGAGACAUAGUGGUCUCUGAUCAGAAUGCUGAAGUAGUAGUAGUGGUGGACAGGAAAGGGAAAAUUGUCUUCAGAUACAGUGACAAACCACCAGGGGGGAAGGAAGCAUUCAGCCCAAGACAAAUAGUGACAGACUCCAGGGGUCACAUCAUUGUAGUAGAUGGCAGUAAUGAAUGUCUACACGUGUUAAAUCAAAAUGGACGACUCCUGAGAUGUGUGGACAAUUGUGGACUAGAUGUUCCUGAUGGUCUGAGUGUGGAUAGUGAAGGGAGGUUGUGGGUAGGGUUAUAUAAUUCAGGAGAAAUAAAAGUCAUCCAGUACAUAAAAUAG